GCAACACGUAAAUGUUCCUCUCAUGACACCAUUUUCUUCUUCCUUAUCAUCUCAGCCAUCACUAUGACACCAUCAAGCUAAGGCAAAAACCAUUUUUCUCUCUCUCUCUCUCUCUAAAGAAGUAAAGAUAGAAGCCCCUAUUCAGGAUUAUAUUACACCUUGUUGAAAGUGCAAGAACUUGUGACAAUAAUAGAUGGGGUUUCUGGAGCUCUUUAGUGUUGCUUCCUUUCCAGUGAUCAAAGUCUUGCUUGUUACUGCAAUUGGUUUGUUUCUUGCAGUGGAUCAGAUUAGUAUUCUUGGAGAAGAUUCAAGGAAGAAAGUCAAUCAUCUUGUAUUUUAUGUGUUCAAUCCUUCAUUGGUUGGUAGCAGUUUGGCCAAAACAAUUACUUUGGAGAGUUUUCUAUUAGUGUGGUUCAUGCCAAUCAACAUUCUUGCUACAUUCAUAUUAGGAUCAGGAUUAGGAUGGAUUGUGAUUAAGAUCACAAGGCCUCCAAAACACAUUGAAGGUCUAAUAGUAGGUUGCUGUUCUGCAGGAAACUUGGGAAACUUGCUGGUAAUUAUUAUUCCAGCCACAUGUAAAGAAAAAGGAAGUCCUUUUGGAGAUCCUGAUCUCUGCUAUCAAUAUGGAAUGGCUUAUGCUACACUUUCUAUGGCGAUUGGAGCAGUUUUCUUAUGGUCUUAUGUUUACAACAUAAUAAGAAUUUCAUCAAGUAGACUCCAAAAAGAAGGCACCAACAGAGUGAAGGCUUCAGGGGAGAUAUCUCACUCAGAAACUCUUAAUCCUGCAAAAGACACAUUGGAUGAUGCAUACACCAUUCUGCUUCCAACCCCAGAAUCUCAGGAAAAACUCAAGAUUUCAAUGUCAAAAAGAAUAAAGAACCAAGUGGAGAAGAUUGUAAGCAAUGUCAAUUGGAAAUCCAUGUUUGCACCAUCAACCAUUGGAGCAAUUUGUGGCUUUAUGAUUGGUUUAAUUCCCCAAUUAAGAAAUGUAUUGAUUGGAAGUGAUGCUCCACUUCGUGUGGUUGAAGACUCUGUAUCCAUGUUGGGUGAUGCAGCCAUUCCAACCGUCACACUUAUAAUGGGUGCAAACUUACUCAAAGGCUUAAGGGGAGCAAGUACUCCAUUAUGGACGAUUGUGGGAAUUAUUGUAGUUCGGUACAUUUUUCUGCCACUUUUGGGUGUUGUGGUUGUUAAAGGAGCAAUACACUUGGGUUUGGUUCAGUCAGAUCCCUUAUUUCAAUUUGUGCUACUUCUUCAAUAUUCACUUCCACCAGCUAUGAAUAUAGGAACUAUGGCUCAAUUGUUUGGAUCAGGUGAAAGUGAAUGCUCUGUAAUCAUGCUAUGGACAUAUGCUUUGGCUUCAAUUGCUGUUACUCUUUGGUCAACCUUCUUCAUGUGGCUAGUUGCCUGAUUUUGUAUUCAUAUAAUAAUUAUUUCAUUUUUAUUAAUUAUUUCAUUUUUAUAGUUUUUUUUCCCACAAGUUUUCACUAUCUCGGCUUAAAGAAAUUUUGUUCUAUUGUAAAAC